AUCAUGAAGUUUAUCACGGUCAUCGGCCUCCUGACUACGGCGAUCAGCUGCGUGCUCUCGCUGGCGGAGCCCCAGAGGUGCCGACCGAUGACGCCGCAGCGGGGCCAUCGCAUCGGCGAGUCGCGCCUGCCAGCACCUGCCUGGGGGCCCCAUGCGCACGAUCAACAACCACAGGGCCUGCCGGCAGCAGAGUUGGCCCAGCAGAGUACUUCAAAGGUCCCGCCGUUCUGGGCUCCGUAUCUCGAGCAGCGGGGCUACCCCUUCCGCCUGUGGGUCCAGGACGUUAUGCUGUGGUGCGCCGCGACGGAGCUGCAGCCCCCACAGCGUGGCCCAGCUAUUGUCCAGCGCUUGGGCGGCACAGCGAGGGACCUCUGUCGCGAGGUGCCGGUGGAGAACAUCGCGCUGGACAGGUUCGAUGGCCUUGGCAACCAGGUCGAGGACGGUGUGCAGAUGCUGAUCGCGGGACUCCGACGGCGCUUCGGCCCGCUUGAUGUUCAAACGUCGAUCAGCACGAUCGUGGAGCUACUCACCUUCCGCCGUCAGGAGCGGGAGAGCGUCGACGAUGCGGUCACCCGCUUCGAGGCGCUGCGCGCACGAGUGGGUCAACUCGAUGAUCAGUUCGUGCUCCCGACGCCAGUGCUCGCUUUGCUGUUCCUGGAAGCGAUGCAUGUGCCCAAGGCGGUGUACCCUCUCGUGCUGCAGAGCAACAACGGCCAGUUGCCAACGACGACGGACCAGCUGAACACGGUGAUUGGCAUGGUGCGGCAGCAGGGGCACUUCGCGGAGCACGCGCACGCAGGACCGCAGAGCCUGGCUGAAGGCUACCGCGGCAAGGGACACCACGGGCAGCAUUGGUUUACGGGCGAUGGCGCCAGCGGCACAGCAACAUGGAGUGACACGGCCGCAUACAUGUAUGGACAAAGUGCUGCUGGCGUGAGCAGCGCGGGAUCGGCCGCGCACGGCAACUCCUCUCAGCACUACGUUGUCCAGGACGAGGAGGGCUACGACUGCUGUGCCACCUGUGCGAGCUACCUGCGCGAGGACGAGCCGGGCGACGAGGACUCGAUGACCGACGACGACGACCUGGACACCUCCGAGUUCACGCCAGAGGAGCUCCAGGAGUACUACGGCGACGCCGAGGGCUGGGACUACGACACGCUACUGCGCGAGUACCUGUUUGCCAAGCGCAGGUUCCGUCACUUCGUCCACCGCGGCAGCCGUCGCGCACGUUUUCCCCGCAGCAACUGGUCCAUGCGCAUGAGCAGCGGGAAGGGCGGCAGCUUCGGACGAGGUGGCAAACGCUACAUGGCAGGUUCUCCGAGUGCCACCAACCCUCGGGGCAGAGACGGCGGCGUCAUGCGAUGCCACGAGUGCGGCUCGGAGACACACCUCGUGGCCUCCUGCCCCCAGCGCAAGGGCAAGGGCAAGGGCAAGCACUUCGCGGCCUGGAGCGCGCCUAGCGCCACGACGGGUCCACAGACACCCGGCUCCCAAGCCGUGGGUCCAGUGCUGGGCGCGUACUCGCCUUCCCCAGCGCAGCCAAGAACAGGAUCGAUGGCUGGAGUACUACACUACCUCACGGACGACAUCCAGACGCCCGGCGUGCAGAUCGGCGACCUCGACGAGGACGACGGCCGCGAGGCCUUGGACUGGGAGACCCUCAACGUGCUUGACGACAUCACGGAGCGCGACAUGCUGGCAGAGAUACAUGCGAGUGCAGAGGGCCGCGCCGACGCGAAGACUAGCCCCGAAUGGUUUCCGUGGUGGCGAGUGGACCAGCUCGAGAGCACCAACCAGGAGACCUAUCUGGUCCGCACCCGCAUGAAGAACAGGAGUGGCGAAGCCUUGCUGGUGGACCCCGGGGGCCCAGGCAACCUCGCUGGCGACGAGAGGGGCCAUCGGAUGGCCGAGAAGCAGCGACAGGCAGGACUCCCACCACCAGCUCGUACGCCCCUCGGCGAGACGCUCGAAGUUGGCGGCGUUGGCUCAGGAUCUCAGCAAGUGACUCAUUCUCAUCGUUAUCAACUGGCACUGGAAGGAGGUCAAGCUGCUACCUAUGAAGCACUGGUGCUCCCGAACAGUAGCGUGCCAGCGCUGCUCGGGCGGAAGUCCUUGCGGGGCCAACGCACCCUGCUGGACUGCUUCAACAACAGGCUGUACCGCAUCGGUCCAGGAGGGUAUUCGCUGCGGCUGAGCCCUGCAUCGGCACAGUACCACUUGGAGGAGAGCCAUGCUGGCCAUCUCAUGUUGCCCUGCGACCUGUACGACGAGCUGACGACGUCGAGCAGCGCCUUCGCCAACUCCGACGGCGUCCAGCAUGGCGAGCAAGAAGAGUACUGCCGCAACGUCAUCCAGCAGCGGGACCGCCGCGAGCUGUUCUGGGGCGCGCGGAACGACAAGCGAGCCAAGCGCUUCGAGUGCAGGAUCGCUCGAGCUCAACUUGAAGGACAUCGCCUAUGCGUCGUCGAGGCAGACGAGGGCAGCGUGGUGUGGGACAUGCCUGACAUUCUCGAGCUGCCAGACCACGGCAGGUGGCGCAUGGGGCGACUGCGAUGGUGCAACCUCGGAGUGCGCGACGCUCGAGGGUUUCCAGCAGCACAGGUGAGCGCGCUGGCCGCGAGCUUUCCCACCGAGCAGAGGGCGCUUUCCACCGACCAGCUUUCCCAAGGAGCGGACCCGGAUCGCAAGGUGAAGGAGAGACCGCAGGAGGUCGAACAGGUCUUCGACGACUGCGGGUCCGACUUCACGAAGCUCUACGUGGCGAACGAGUACGAGCUGGACGAGGUCUGCUACGGCACCGAGCUCAGGGAAGAUCAGUACGUCGACGAGCAGCCGUGCGUGAUGAUGUUCGAGUUCUUUGGCAUGACCGGCUCGGAGGCAUAUCUGAGCCUGAAGGACGAGCAGCGUCACUUCUUCCACUCGACGAAUGAUAUGGUAAAGUAUAUGAACCACUACUACGGCCACCUGCAGCGCGACGAUGUCGCGGAGCUCCGCGGUGGAGCAUCGGGAGCAACACGGCUACUUGUGCGACGAGGCUACCGAGGUGGCCCCAAUUUCGACCUCAUCUGCAACUGGGCAUACUUGCAUGACAACAAGCCCCUCGUGCUGCUGAUCAGCACGCCAUGCACUAGCCUGAAGGGGUUCUCGGCACUCAACAAGGUCAUCAAUCACGGCGGCUGGCUGCGCAGUCGCAGGAUAUCAGUGGCACUGGCCCGCCUGGCCGCUGCAGCAGCAUGUGCGCAGAUGGACGCCGGGCGCCACUUGGUGUCGGAGCAGCCCCUGGGCAGCGACUCUACGAGCUCGAUGACUGGAGGACUACCGAUCAAGAAGUCCUCCGAGUUCUGGGCUUCGAACGAGUGCUUGAUCGGCGGCCUCAGGAAGUUCCGUUGCGACGGCCAGCAUGAGCGCGCUCUGCUGGCACAUGGUGGUCGAGGCGCCUGCCCGGAGCAUGACAAGUGGCGCCUGGAGAAUCCCAAAGGUCAUGCAGAGUGGGCCAUCGGCAUUUGCAGGGAGCUGGCUACGAGCACUUCCCGCAUGAUAGAGCACGUGAGGUCUCAGGGACAUCACCUUGUCGUGUUUGAGUGCUACCCCGCGACUGCGGUGCAGCGUCAAGCGCAGCUCGAGCUGACGCGCCCGACGCCGAGCCAGAACCACCACCACCUCCACCCGUUCAGGCAGAACGGCGAGCUCGAAGAGCGGGACCCGAUGAUCCACUUCCACCUGCUCUGGCAGCACGGCAAGCUCGAAGAGCUCGAUCGGAUGGUCCACGACCUCGAUCGAGACUGGCAGCAGCACUGGACGGAGCAGAGCCAGCUGAGUCGUCAGGUGGCGCCGCAGGAUCUGCUGACGCCGUCGGUGCAGAACCAGGCGCGGCGCAACCUUCAGCAGCUCCAGCUGAACGACCUCAAGGUGUCGAUGCGGGGACUCAGGCUCGAGCUAGUGACGAGCCCGGCUGGGCCGCGUUCGACCUUGGACACGCGUUGCGGCUGCUGCACAGCCCCCAUCAGGAAGUUGUUCGGCGCCAGCUCCGACGACUCCAUGUUCGAUUCUGGCACGCUCCAGCCGCUCAUGGUCCAGUGGGACAUUCUGUACAUCGGCGACCAGAUGGUGGCCCACAUGAUCGACGAAGCGACGCGCUGGACAGUGCUGAACAUUCUAGAUCGCAAGACGGCGAUCACGAUCAUUGCCGGGGUCACCAACGGCUGGAUACGCCCUCAUGGCCCCAUGAAGCUGCUGAUUGCCGAUAUCGAGGGCGGCCUCCACGGAGAGGAGGCGUACCAGUGGCUGGACCGCUGGGGCAUCGAGAUGAAGGCUAAGGAAGAGGGCUCGCACGCGCAGUUGGUGGAGCGCCAUCACGACCUAGCACGCAAGAUCAUACACCGAGUGCGGAGCCAGCUUGAGCAGGAAGGCAUCGCGAUGCCGUUGGAGAUCGUGAUCGCGGAGUGCGCACUCAUCAAGAACCUCCUCAGCACCGUGGCGGGCUUCAGUCCUUACCAGGCGGUGUAUGGACGACUUCCUGCACUGCUGGCGGAGUUCGAGCCGGUGGGCGACUGUCAGAUUGAUGAUCAGUCUGCGGGCAUCCCGGGCAUCUCACGACACCAUCGUGGACUACGUGAGGUGGCGAUGCAGGCCAUGGUAGAGAUGACCGCGAAGGAUCGGCUGAGGCGCGCACUACGAUCCAAGAAACGGGCUCCUCACGAGACACUACAACUCGCGGUCGGAGAUCAGGUUGACUUUCAUCGACCACAGAGCACGAAGGAUGAGUUGGGCUGGCGUGGACCAGCCACCCUGCUGCAGGUUGGACCGCCAGUGCUCGUUCGAUGGCAAUGCCGAGUCUUUCAAGUCCGACCACAAGACCUCCGACGCAGCCUUGUGUAUUUUGUGAUGUUCACGAACAACAUCUUCUUCGAAGCGGGGUCGCGCGACCCGGUGGCCACCAUCAUGAGCUACGCAGACCAACUGGACAGCAGGGGCGUGCGUGUGGGUGGGCUCUUCGACGCCGGGUGGAAGCGGACCGCGGACAGCCAGAAGCUUAGCGAGCUGGUUCUGGCGGUGUUGCAUGUAGCCGCCAGCGGCUUCUACCUUGUGGGCUGCAUCGGCGCGAGAGUGGGCAAUGGCGUAUCCGUACUUGAAGGGGUGGUCGGCUGUGACCACAGUUUCUUGUGGUGGUGGCCGCGUGGCCGCCCAGAGCUAACCUGGUACCACGAGGCGUCGGGUUCCGCGAGAUUGAAGCUGGCGCAGAUCAUUGGCAAGGAUCAUUGGCGAGACGUGAGUUUCGUGCAGUUCAUCCUGACCGACGACGAAUCAGAAGACCACGACGCGAAUGACGACGACGAUUCGGACAGCGACGCCACUCAGGAGUACGAGUUCGCCAGUUGGCAGUAUAUGAAGGAGCAGGCCGCAUUGCCUGCGGUCGACACCGAGUGCGCUCAGAACGACUUCUUCUUCGCAGCCCCGGACGCAGAUCACGUGAUGGAGGCCAUGGAGGAGGUCUCCGCGAAUUCCCGACCCGACUGCGUCGAGAUCGGCAUGGGCGCUCCGUUGAUGUACUGGGUACGCCCUGAGGCAGAACACGUUCGACGUCCGGGAGCUGGCGAGCUCUAUGUUCUUCGCAUCUACAACACGGGCCAGCGCGAGAUCGUUGUCGAGCGUGAGAUGAAUGUGUUCACGCUGGAGGAAGCUCGAGCUCAUGAGGUUGAAGUACGACAGGCGAUGAAGGAUGAGCUCCAGCGCUGGGCGGGAUUGCAAGCAUUCCAGCGAUUCCCGAAGGAUCAGGCGAACAACGUCAUCGACUCGCGCUGGGUGCUUAAGAGGAAGGAGAUUGAUGGCAAGAAGCAGGUGCGUGCGAGACCCGCAGUGAGGGGCUUCAAGGACAUGCAGUCCCCAGAGCUGUCCACGUUUGCAGGAACGACGGUUGCCGCCAUGGGCGGGGGAGUGAAGCGAAAAAUGCAGUUCACCAUGCCGCCUGGAUCGAUCACGGUGCUACGACAACUUGAGGGAUACGAGGACUUCAACCCUGUGGCAGAGGUGCUCAUCAGCGACCCGCAGCCCUACGUGUACCACAACGAGAAGGGCGAGCUGCAGAUGAUCAUGUCCUCGCACGUUGACGACUUGAAGGGCGGCCGCGAGGACUACUUGAGGGAGAAGGUGCUGAGCAUGAUAGAAGCGGAGUUCGGGAAGCUGAGGCGCCAUUAUGACAACUUCGAGUGCAUUGGCAUCAUGCGCGAGCAUAACCCCACAACGAAGGCCAUCUGGACGCACCAGCAGCACUACGUGCAGCAGCUACGCCCACUGCAAGAAGAUCAGUAUGUAAUGGAGAACGAAGAUGGCCAGGUGAACACCGAGAGUCAUGCUGCAUAUAUGUCGCUUCUCGGUGGGAUUGCUUGGAUGACGCUGACAAUGCCACCGAUUGCAGUGUAUGUGAGUUACCUUCAGCGCCAAGCCAAGAAGCCGACCGUGGGUGACAUCAGGAAAAUCAAUCGGCUGCUGAAGUGGAUCAUGACGCAUGUGAAGCAGCUCGGAGUUCGGUUUGUCGCGCUGAGUCCAGACCGAGUUCGACUAGCGGUUGUCAGCGACUCAGCCUUCCACGCCAUGGAGUUCGAGGGGCUGGCGACCCGAGGCUGCGUGAUCAUGCUACUAGAAGCCAGCGAAGAAGUGGUACAGACGGGAUCUACGUACAAAAUCGUGAUGCUAGAUUGGUGCAGUCGCAAGCAGAACAAUGUGGUCAGGUCUACGUAUGCGGCUGAGCUGAUAGCGUUGCUAGAUGCUCUGGGCACUGGGACACUCCUCAACGUUGCACUGACCGAGAUCAACGAAGGAGUAUGGUCUGCCAACCAGAUGCGGAUGCGGCAGGAGAACGGCAACCUGAUGAUGCAGAUGAUGGCGGCCAUCGACGCAAAAGCCGUGUUCGACGCCGUCGCCGCAGAUGUUAUCAUGAUCGCGACGGACAAGCGGAUGUUCGUGCCGACGUUAACGGUGCGAGAGCAGCUGGACGGGCUCCAGCUAGCGCAGCUCUGCUGGAUCGACACGGUCGACAUGCUGGCAGAUGCGCUCACCAAGGGUGAGAUCGACAGGGAGCCGCUCGUGAAGCUGGGUUUCCAGAACGAGUGGCGUCUGAGCGGGCUGCAGCCUGUGGCGUUCGCCGUGCGCAGUGUGCUCUGA